AUGAUAUCGAUCCAUGAUCAUAUAAAGGUUAGGUAUGCUGCUGGAUUUGAGGUGCAGUCCAUCUCAACCGGGUUCGAAACGCCUUGGCUCUUUCUCGAGUACCUUCCUGCAACUGUAACCCUCGAGGACGUCACUCAGUUGCUGAAGCCAUACGGGCAACCUGAGAUCAAGAUGCCUACGCAUUUGACAUCCUUAUCCGUGGUAAAGGCACGUUUUGCCAAUCACGAAGAGGCCAGAGAUGCGUACAAUGCUCUCAAUGGGACUCAGCAUUUCGGCACCACGAUCAUUGCCCGUCUGUCUGUACGCAGCGGUGGGUCAGGUGGUGAAGGUUCUUUCCGUGAUUCCAUCGUACGAGUGCAGUGGGAUGCGCCGUCAAUUGUGGGAUACGGAGGUUAUUCGACACUCGAGAAAGCACAGAAGGCUAUAGCCGCUGCGAAGAAACCUUUCCGAGAUGUCAUCGUUACAGCAACCCUGCAUGAAGAUCUCCCGGCUGUUGGGAACUUCACCGUCCGCUUCCGCAACCUACCUCCAGGUAUAACCAAGAAAGACAUGAAGCCUUUUGGUGACUUGGACGAUUUGAUGUGGGAGCGGCUCAAAUACGAUUCGGUCCCUGAAGCUGUUGCUGGGAUCAAGAAGAUUCUCAGUUUUCACUUUAAUGUCCUCGACUUUGACGUACCACCGCCCCCAUACGUUGACGGAUACGUUCGUGCUUGGCUUCGGUUUGCCUCUCCCGUGGAAGCCCAGCAAGCCGCCAACCACCUCCACCUACGAAGACCUAUUUGCAUGGGUGGUAAAACCCCUAUUUUUGCACAUCACGUCCAGAGCAUCUCGUACCGCAUUUCUGUUGAGAAGUAUGCGACUCUCCGAUCAGAUAUUUUCAGCAUGAAAGAGUCUCUAAGGUCGAAAAUGUCCCGGGCCGCGAGUCUCAUCGUCAGCUUUCACGGUUCUCUGACUCAAUGGGUUGGGAUCAAACUUUCGUCGGAUAAUCUCAAAGAGCUCAGCCAGAUGAAAGGCGAGUUUGAAAAGAUUCUCAAAGGGGAAGUUGUCAAGUUCGAGGACAAAAUCGCCUGGGAUCCUUAUUUCGGAUAUCCUAUCGGAAUCGAGUUCGUGCAAAAUCUGCAGCGGAAGAAUCCCGGAGUAGAGAUUAUGCGCGACUGUGUUCGCCGUUCUCUCAUCCUGCGUGGAUCGAGUGAGCAACGCGAGGACGUUCGUCGCCAGUUGAUAUCCAAGAUCAAAGAGCUCCGUGCGAGAGAAGUACGGACUGUACCCAUUCCGAGCAACGUCAUAGGUUUCUUUGUGAUCGCAGGGUUGACGAAGUUGAAGCAGGAGCUGGGCGACGAGAAUGUGACGCUGAAUCUGUGGGACCGCGUCUUGACCGUUCGGGGUGGGAUUCGUUCGUUGCAUGCAGCGAGAUGUGCUGUCAAGCAGGCUGAGGACCGGCAGCGAUAUGGCCGCCGUGCCAACAUCGAUGAGUGCCCCAUCUGUCUCGACGAAGUGGUUACUCCAUUCACACUUCGUUGUGGGCACAAUAACUAUCUACGGAUUCCACUCUCUGUUGCUCGUGAACUCCUUUCUGCGAGCCAGUUUGACAGCGUGAUGCAUUCCGCUUUCUCUGCCCAUUUUCACUACUGCCCCACGCCUGAUUGUCCCCAGAUCUAUCGCUCUGCACCGAAGGGUACGGUUCUGCAGUGUCCAUCAUGCCUGAUACGGAUUUGUUCGACAUGUCAUGUUGAGCAGCAUGACGGUUCGGAGUGCCCGGACCGUGAUGACACAGAUGCUGCCUUCAAGGAGUGGAAGAAAAAUCAUGACGUGAAAAAUUGCCCUGGAUGCAAAGUUCCGAUUGAGCGUGCGGAGGGGUGUAAUCAUGUUACGUGCACCAGGUGUCAAACACAUAUCUGUUGGGUGUGUUCUAAGACUUUCCCAAGAGGUGAUGGGAUCUACCAGCAUAUGCGUGCGAUGCACGGCGGUAUAGGACUGGAGCCGUUGUUCUAG